GCACUCUGACAGGAGCCAUCAUGGGGAGAGCUCUGAUGCAAACCACCCUCUUUGCUCUGUUUCUGACUUUGGUCACCUCAUCACCAAAUAAAGAUGACUGGGACAUCUACAGCUUUCACAUCAACUCCACAGUGACCAGUCGUUACGCUACAACAGUCAUCACAAGCCGCGUGGCCAAUCGAAUGAACGAAUCCAAGGAAGUAGAAUUCCAAGUGCAGAUUCCCAAGAAUGCCUUCAUCAGUAAAUUCAGAAUGUUUAUGGACGGCCAGGUGUACGAUGGUGUUGUGAAAACCAAGGAACAGGCUCAGCAGCAGUACACUGCAGCUGUAUCCCGUGGGCAAAGCGCUGGGCUCGUCAGCUCUGUAGGGAGGACCCUGGAGGAAUUUAAGACGUCAGUGACUGUGGCUGCUCACAAAAAGGUGACCUUUGAACUCACGUAUGAGGAACUGCUGAAACGCAGGCACGGCAAGUACGAACUGCAAAUCCAUGCUCGGCCGAUGCAGCCUGUCAGCGACUUCAAGGUUGAUGUGUACAUUGAUGAAAAGGCUGGCAUCAGUUUCCUGGAGGUUAAAGGUGGACUAAGCACCAAAGCUCUGGCUAAUGCCAUCACCAAAACACUGACAGACAAACAGGCGUGGGUGUACUUCUACCCAACUGAAAGCCAACAGAAGACAUGUGACAGCUGUGGAGAGCAGGGUAUGAAUGGAGAUCUGGUUAUUGUUUAUGAUGUCAACAGGGACAUUUCAGUUGGUGACAUUAAGACAUCAGGUGGAUAUUUUGUUCACCACUUUGCUCCGUCCAGUCUUCCACGGAUAACAAAGAAUGUUGUCUUUGUUAUUGAUCAAAGUGGCUCCAUGCACGGCAGAAAAAUACAACAGACCAGGACAGCAUUAAUCCAUAUUUUGAACGAUUUGAAUGAAGAUGACUUUUUUGGUCUCAUCACUUUUGAUGGUAACAUUUUUCACUGGAAGAGAGAACUUGUUCAGGCCACCAAGACAAACGUGAACAGUGCCAAGACUUUUGCACAAAAUAUUCCAGCCAGUGGAUACACAGACAUUAAUGCAGCAGUGCUGGAAGGAGCUCGUAUUCUGAAGGCACAUCCCAGAGAAGGUUCAGCAUCAAUCCUUAUACUUCUGACUGAUGGAGACCCAACCUCAGGGGAGAGAAACCUUGAAACAAUACAGUCCAAUGUCCAAAAGGCCAUUGCUGGCAAAUUUCCUCUCUACUGUCUUGGUUUUGGUUUUGACGUCAAUUUUGAAUUCCUUGAGAAGAUGUCACUGCAGAACAACGGUGUAGCACGACGGAUCUAUGAGGACUCUGAUGCUGACUUACAGCUGAAGGGUUUCUAUGAAGAGGUGGCCACUCCUCUGUUGACCAAUGUAACCAUGAUGUACACAGGAGGCACCAAUCUGACCCAGACUCACUUCACACAGUAUUAUAAUGGCUCUGAGAUUGUGGUGGCUGGUCAGAUCACUGACAAUGACAUCGAGACCUUCACUCCAGAAGUUAUAGCCAUUUCAGGAACAGGCAGUGUGAGGUUUUCUGACACUAAUCCCACUGUGGAAUCGACUGACACAGUGUCUGACAGCCGCCUUCAGAGGGUUUGGGCCUACCUCACAGUCAAACAACUCCUGGACAAGGCGCUGCAGUUGUCUGGGCCUGAGAAGGAUCGAAUGAGGGAAGAGGCCUUGAAGCUGUCACUGAAGUACAGCUUUGUGACCUCACUCACAUCUAUGGUGGUCACCAAGCCUGAGGGAGAAAACUCUGAUGUGCUGCAUAAACCCAAGGAAGGCCAGGUGCAGCCUAAUCCAGUUGCGACUUCACGUAUUUCAGGCCAGAUGCAGCCUAAUCCAGUUGCAACUUCACGUAAUUCAGGAAGUAGUGCUCGUGCUGGUAGUGAUGGAAGAAGAGGCAAGAAGCAGAAGAAUCAAGCCCGCGCUCACUACGAUGACUCGUACAUCCUCAGAUACUCUGCUGGACCAGUUCAUAAGAUCACAUACGACUGGAUUGACGGUGAAAUGAGAGUAUAUUCAUCUUCAGACUGGAUUGGAGGUCAUAUAAGAACAUAUCCAUCUUCAGAUAUUACUGCUGGUCCUGCUUCUCCCCAUGGCACAGUAGCUACUGUUCCUGUUUUGCACAGGUUUUUGAUUAAAACUGAGGAUCAGUCUCUUCCACUCUGCUUUGACGUCCCUGGAGACACUCGCCUUAAACUACUUCACCAUCCCAGUGAGGAGCUGUCUGUGAUUGGUCUCCUGGAUUCACCACCAAAUACAGGAUUCAAACUAAUCGUCAUCCACUUAAAGAAUAGCCAGGUUGUUGAGCUGUGCCCUGACGGCCUCAUUAAGCAACAGGUUCAAGGAGUUAUGCAUUACACUGGACAGAACCUUGUCUCAACUGACAUAACUGCUAUCGGACGAGACAAGGAAUUUGAUGUUGCCAUUGGAGACACUCGCAUGGUCGUCUUAAUUCAUGAGGUGGAUGGUAACAAGUUCCUCUGGCCGGUUUUAAGACAGAAGCCAUUGGACAACAACAUUGAUGGAAUUUUAGUUCUAAAGCCAGCAGUUUAUGAGGAGUUGCAGCAAAGUCCCUCCACAAAGCUGAAGAUCAGAGAUCAGGAGAUUGGUGUCACCAGAUCCAGUGCUGUUGACUACAGUAUUUCUGCUGCCCCAACACUGGACUGCUGGUUCAUGUCUGCUGAGUCCGCUCUGCAGAGACGCCUGGAUGAUUUCACUGUUGCAAAAUUUUAAUUCAUCUCCACGUAGAAUCACCAGAAAUAUGUUAAUUUAAAGCAAAAUAGGUCAAGCAGCUAUUUACUAUAAUAAAAAUUACAAAUCAAUAAAUAUAUUUCAAAGCUUUGGUUGUCUGGAUCUGUGACAAUUGGCCAUUCACACCACUGGAGGAGUUGUUGAGUUUUGUUUCCCCCACAAUCUUGGUUUUGUUUCUUGAAGAUGUCACUUCCUGUCUGUGUGUAAUUACUCUGAUGCUAUACACCCUUCUAGAC